GCAGCAGACAGCGAUGCUGUGAGUGCUCUGUGUCGGCAACUUCAACGCAAUGUCAGCAGCUGACAGCAAUCAGUUUUGUUAUUAUUAUUGCUGUGCAUGAUUGGUCCGUACACAAACGAAAUUAUCGAUUUAUUAUUGUGUGUUUCAUUUGGUGCGUGCAUAGCUCCAUCGUUUUGCUGUUCGUCAUUUCGCAAGCCAUCCGCAAAACAAAAACAACGAUAAUCGCAUUCAUUUUCGUUAAUUUAUUCGUUUUCGUGUGAAAUUGAAAGUUUAAAUCACAAAUAGAGCAAUAAUUUUUAUGGUAUACAAGAGAAAAAGAAUAUAUCUGUGUUGUGUGCUGCAUUCAUUGGCCCAGGACUUCUGUGGAACUAAUCAAUAAUCGGAAAUUGGAUUAAAUCGGUGAAUAGUGCGGAAGAGAUAAAUUGUUUUCCACUCAAUUUGAGAGAAUAAUAGAAUUUUAACGAGGCAGCCGGAUUGGUUUGGGGUAGAAAAAAAAGUGGACUAUCGACCGCAAUCAACAAGAUGACGAACAUCGACAAACUCCAUGAAAUGGUGAAAACCAGCCUGUUCCAAUUCGUGAACAAACACAUCACUGCCGCCGAUUUGAGUGUCGUCGAUGAAAUUGUCCUGAAUUACGUGAUUGCCAUUUUGGAGGAGGCAACCGAGGACCCAAAUUUUGAUGUUGACGGUUUCGUCGAAAUGAUGUCAGCUUACUUCCCGGACUUUUCGCAAAUCGAAACAGGCAAAGUGUGCGAAUGGAUCUUUGAGCUAGCAAACGAAACGUCGAAGAAGAAAAAUAGCGUUGAAACCAAGUCAAGCGAAUCAAUUUUAAAAUCGCUUCGAUUGUCCGACAUCAUUCCAGAGCCAAAGCUGCGAACAAAGUCCAUUUCCGAGAGCAACGAUGCAAAAGAUGACCUGUUCAGUGAUAUAAAUAAUUCGAAAGAGAAUUUGACUACGUGUGAUUUCUUUGUGGAGGAGAGUGUUGCAUUGCAGGAAAUGUUUCCGGACAGUUCCGAAUUGGAGAUAAAGCAUUGCAUUACAAUUGCAAAUGGUGAUAUUGAUCAGGCGAUCCAAAUGAUUUUGGAUCGUGAAGAGAAGGGUCAAAGUUUGACCGGAAGUUUGACAAGCAAUCAUCCAAAGCAAAAGAUCGACGACAAUGAGCUCAAGAAUCGCAUCAUUUCGCGAUAUUCUUAUGUCGAUAGCAGCACUGAGACCAAGGAAUACAAGCCGGUGGUACCGAAGAUUGAACCGAAGAAAAUGGUUCGAUAUCGUGAUAAUAAGAUUGUAUCGUUGCGCGGUGAACGUUACACGGAGGUAUCACGCAAGGGUGAAGAGGUUGAAUUGCGCAAACCGAAAAAGCACCACAUACCACAACCAUAAUCAAUGCUCAACACCGACAGCGUUAGCGUCACGCAAAUACACCACUUUACGAAUAUUACUCGCAAAAAAUACUAUAACACAAACAAUACACUGCAAAUUAUUUCAGCUAAUUGUACUCUAAAUAAUAAUCUGUAUGGUAGAUGUUUUCAAAUUGUAUUUAGAAUUAAGACGAGACUGCGGCGAUACAGCUGGACAAAGGUUUUGCUGAGAUAGAUUUCUCUUGCGGUCAGGCAUCUAUCGCAUUUAAUUGGAUCAUACACAAAUGAAUCAAAUGCAACAAUGCAAUCUAGAAUGAAAGGGGGAAAAAAAUCGCAGUACAAUUGAAAAUUGUACUCACCGAUAUCAUGUUAUCGUUGUGUAAAAGGCGAAGCCAAAUUUUUAUAGAUUUAUUUUACUCUAUACUGUCUCUAUAACCCAUUGGAUCGUUGUAGUGUUUAAUUCGUAAUCGAACAAUUUAUUUUAUCCCAAACAAUGAUUUUACCAUGUAUUGACAAGUGACCUCAUCAAAAAGCAUCGCGUACGACGAUAUUUUCAUUGGAAAUGUGUGUGUAUGUUCGAUAUAAAAAUGAUGUUGAAACCUCAAGGCUGGCACAGAUUUUCAUGAAAAUGACGCGUUUUGUAUUCUCCAUUUGUUCGCUUCUCAAAUGACAGUUGAACCAAGAGACUCACAAUAGAAGAUGGUGCACUCACAGCAAUUUGCUAAGGAAAACAAAGAUAAACAGUAUUUUUUCAAGACCAUUUUUCUUUCAAUCACAUACAUACACACCAAUAAUUACCUAGAAUUCACGUGACGCUUAUUUGCAUUAGGAUCGUUUUACUCUCUCUAUUUUUUUUUUUAAUUUAAUUUAUUGUUUUGCCAAAGUAAUUUUUAGUUUAAGUUGUAAGAUUCAACAUCACAUAUGCUGAUUUUUCUUCGUAUGCUUUAUUUUAAAGACGAUUUUUUACUCGUCUACUCUUUUUUUUAGACUUGAUCGUCACUCUGUAUUUGUCACAUGCUUUUUUAUCACAUUUCCAAUUGUAUCAUUGUUUUGAUGUUCACAAAUGUUUUGUUUUGUUUCAUGAAUACGUAUGCAAGACAAAUGCAACUAAAAUCAAAACAACAGCUGAUUUCUUUUUUCAUAGUUUUUUAAGUUUAUAUUGAUAAUUUUUUUUAAUGCGCCAUUUAGUAAUUACCGCUUGUGAAGGAAAAAAGUCAAGCUGGUUCGACUGGUUACUAUUUGCUGGUAGUCGCAAAUGAUCAAAUUUAACGAAGAAUUUUUUUUUCUAGGCUAAGCUCAAGUACUAAUAUAUAAAAUAUAUAAAAUAUAUCAAAAUUUAUGUGGAAAAGAACAAAAUUGUAAUCGUCAAGAACUUUUUGGCUUUCAUGAUGUUUCGAAUAAAAUCAAUUACUGUUUCUUGUGGAUAUAUCAA